AUGUCUUCAUUACAUCAAAGAAGCGUUGAGAGUCAAUACGACGAGAUGAUAAUGCUCGCAGAGAGUGCUCUCGCGACGGAGACGAGUGCGAAGGAGAACAAUACUACGGUCGGAGGAGACAGAAUAGGAGGAGAAGUUCACCACCAAAAUCAGCAACAACACUCGAAUACUGUUCAUUCUCUCGUUGGAGAUUACCGCAAAGAGUCCGUCGUGAAGAUACUGAAGAGCAGAAUCGGAUGGUUGAGCGCGUUUUUCCUCGGCUUAAUCUUAGCCGCGGUGGUGGUGGAACGAUUCGAAGAGCUGUUAACGCACGAAGUAGAGCUGUCGUAUUUCGUCCCGUUAUUAAUCGGGCACGGUGGGAACACCGGGUCGCAAUCGGUCGCGACCGUUAUACGAGCGAUCGCUUUGAAACAGAUAAAACCGGAAAAUACGCGCGAAGUUCUUCAGGUUCUGUUCAAAGAAGCCGUCUCCGGGUUCAUCAUGGGCGGGUUUUUGGGGAUGUUAGUGUUCGUGUUAUCGCUGGUGUGGGAAGGCAUAUCGCCUCUGAUUGGUUUGGUGGUGGCGAUAUCGUUACCUUUGGUGAGCGUGUGGGCGAACGUGUUAGGCGCCGGGUUGCCGCUGUUCGCGGUGAAGCUGGGUUUUAAUCCCGCGGUGACGUCGGCGCCGUUGAUGACGACGAUCGUAGAUAGCAGCGGGUUGGUGAUUUAUUUUUUAGUCGCGCAGAGAUUAAUGCCGGAGACUUUGGGUGAUGUCGCGGUGAAGAUAGCAGAGGAGGUUGGGGAUGGGAGCGCGACGUGA